AUGGAUUCCGAUCAUUAUGCCAUUUUAGGCUUACCCUCCGGUGAAGAAGGAGCCAGGCUUUCUGAUAAAGACAUAGCUAAAGCCUAUCGUGUAAAAGCUCUGGAGUUACAUCCCGAUAAAAGACCUAAUGAUCCAAAUGCAAACAUCUUCUUCCAGAAAUUGAAGGCCUCCUAUGAGAUUCUUAGGGAUAGGAAGGCUAGGAGAGAGUAUGACGAUGUGCUCAGGGCCAGACGUAACCGGACCACAAAACGCAAUUGUAUGAAUGAUGGGAAGCGUGAGAAGAUGAUGUCCGAUCUCGAAAGAGCGGAAAAAGAAGAAGAAAAACGCAGAGAUGAAAAAGAAGGAGAAGAACGCAUCUGUAAGAAACUGUGGGAGGAAAUUGCAGAAUUUCGUGCUAAGCAUAAGAGAAAACAGGAAGAGGAAUUAGCUUCCAGGAAUGCUAAAAGACGUGCCGCCGCUGCUACUCCGCCGCCGCCGGGUUGGAGGGAAGAAAAUGAAGAUGGGCCGUGGAAGAGUCUUGAAAGGUUUCAGGCAUACGAAGAUUUAGUGUUAGGUAAUAUGAUAAGGGCUGCUGAGAGACAAAAGAUGGCACAAAGAGGUACUAGUGGCAAUGGAAAUUGA